CGCCUCUGAAGUGCCGCACUUACGUCGUACUAAUAGGCGGACUGUAAUAUUUUUGUUUGCUUUUACCACAGAGAGACGCCGGCAAAUGGUAAUAAUGUCCGGGGACAGUUUUUGUGGUUUGGUGAUUUUUAGUGUUAGUGUUUUUACGAUAUUGGGAUACGUCCAGUGUGGAUUUAUGACUACCAAAAUUGGUCCCCAGCCAAUAUGGAACUCGACCUUUACCGACAAACUUCGAAGAGAUCUUUUGCUAAAUUACGACAAAUUCGCAAGGCCCGCCCAACAUUACAACACAACCAGAGUGAAACUGGGCAUGUCCAUACGUCAUAUCGAACUGAAUGAGUUCAAAUCAACCCUUACUGUACAUUCCUGGUUUAGACUGACAUGGCAAGACGAAAAACUGAAGUGGGAUAGUACCAAAUAUGGCGGUUUAACGUCCUUAAAUUUGGCAGAUCACGAAAUAUGGCAGCCGGAUAUAUUUUUAUAUAAUAGUGCUACUAGCACGCCUCUGAGCCAUUAUAACACCCAUUGCAUCGUUUACGAUAAUGGCGAAGUGUUGUGGGUCCCUCCAGUUCAAUUUUCCGUUUUGUGCAAUCUGAAUUUGAAAUACUGGCCCUUCGACACUCAAGAAUGUAAGAUGAAGUUUGGCUCGUGGACUUACAACGGCGAUCAGAUCGACAUAGACCUCAUGAAUAACAAAACUGAGGUUGAGUUAGCGUUUAUAAUAGAAAAUAACGAAUGGGAGAUAACCAAGACCUCGCUGGUAAGAAACGUUACUUACUAUUCGUGCUGCGAGUCUCCGUAUCCGGAUAUUACCAUAAGUCUAAUGUUGAAGAGAGCUUCCCCGUCCUACAAGACAAUUAUAGUGACUCCUGCAUUCGUGAUCAUAAUAUUAACACUAUUGUGUUUCUGGUUGCCGCCCAACUGCGGCGAAAAAAUAAUUAUCAACGGAUGCACGGCCAUUAUCGUUUGCCUGUUUUUAUUGUACUUUACCCAAAAGAUGCCCGCCAUGGGGACCCAUACACCAUUAAUAGUAUUAUUUUAUAGUAGUUGCCUCUACAUAGUCGCGUUUUCGAUGGUUGGUUCGGUAGCGGUGAUAACCCUGACGCGCAGUAGACAUACGACUUCCUUACCAUGGAUCGUGAAGCAACCGUUAACAGGAAAAUUUGGAAAAUACUUGGGCUUGACUGGGUUUAUUCAACAGUCUUCGGUAUCAGUUCAUCGCGUUACGGCUGAAGAAAUGCGAGAUCAUCAAGUAGCAGAGUUCGAAGAUUUAAACGCGAGUGACGAAUCAGGAAUUGUCAGACCACAUCACCAUUCAGGAAAAGCCCCGAUACAAGAAGACUGGAUCCUAUUGGGCGCAGCUAUCGAUAGGAUAUCUUUCAUUUUUUACUCCUUGCUGUUCUUGAUAUUAUCUAUUGUUUAUUCGAUUUGAUUAUGUUAAUAAAACGUUCCUUACUUGUG